AGUUUCAAUUUUGCAGUCGACAUUUUUUAAAUUUAGAUCUAAUCGACCGAUUCAAUAACCCAAUCCGCGGAGAUGAUGAGACCGGUCCUUGAAUUUUUCAAGCGUUAAACGCACGGAUCAGACGUAUCGUAUAUUAAUCAAAAUAGGGCGUUACUUGAACGGAGAAUGAUCGCUUGCCGGGUCAUCGCUUGGAAAUACGAGAGCUUAAUUAUUUUUGUUAUGGCCGAUUUAUCGCUGCCAGACGUUUACAGGUCGACUUAUCCCGUCGCUUCGCUCGAUAACGCACAGCCGUUACAUCAAAAACGCCGCACGAAGCGUGCAACGUGCGUAUAGAAAAUAUAUCGCGCGAGGUUCCGACGAAUCUGGUUCGCGACACGCAGCGACACGCAAGAACCACGAUCCAGCUGAUCGCGCGCACGUGGCGAUCGGAGAGACAAAUCAAGGGCUACACAGCUGGGCAAGAUGUGCGGAAUCUGGGCGUUAUUCGGGCUGGACACGCAACCCCUGACAUGCAUCUGCGAGAACUUCGACAAGAUUUCGCACCGCGGCCCGGAAGCGUUUAAAAUCGAGUUUGAUAACAGGAUCAAGAAUGGAUAUCUAGGAUUUCAUCGACUGACCAUCGUCGACGGCCUCUACGGAAUGCAGCCGAUGAGAAUACACAAGUAUCCGCAUCUUUUCCUACUCUGCAACGGCGAGAUAUACAACUGCGAAAGGUUGCAAAACCAACAUCAUUUCGAGUACGCCACUAAAUGCGACGUGGAGUCGAUCAUGCAUACGUAUGUCCACGCCGGCGCCGACGGUGUCGCGCAGUCACUGGACGGCGUGUUCGCAUUCUGUCUGAUGGAUGUCUCGAAGAGGCGGGUACUGAUAGCCAGAGAUCCCUACGGUGUCAGGCCGCUGUUUAGAUUACGUUCGGACGACGGGCAACUGGUCGUCUCCUCGGAGAGCAAGGGUCUGAUGGCGAUAUCGAAGCACAUAAAAGGCAAGUGGACAAUGACGCCAUUUCCCCCGGGACAUCACGAGGAAUACGAGAUUCUGCAGGACGGGCGGACGAAGCUUCUGGAGAGUCGCCGUUAUCACAAGCCCGGCGACAAACCUCAUUUCCUCACGUACGUGCCUUGGAAUGCCUUGACUCCGAAUGACGUUCACGGUAACAUUCGGAAGCUGCUUUCGGCAGCCGUGGAGAAACGAUUGAUGGCCGAUCGACGAAUAGGCUGUUUGUUGUCGGGUGGACUGGACUCCAGCUUGGUUGCCGCUUUGCUGGUGAAACAGGCGAAAGAGCACAAUCUGCCGUACAAAAUACAGAGCUUCGCGAUAGGCAUGGACGACAGUCCGGAUAUCGUCGCCGCUAGACAGGUUGCUGAGUCCAUCGGAACUGAGCAUCAUGAGAUUAUCUUCACGCAGCAAGAUGUGAUCAACGUGUUGGACAAAGUUAUUUAUUCCUUAGAAACGUUCGACAUUACCACUGUUCGCGCUUCUAUCGGGAUGUAUCUCAUUUCGAGAUAUAUAAAGCAAAACACCGAGACGACUGUGAUCUUUAGCGGGGAAGGCGCGGAUGAGCUGGCACAAGGCUAUAUUUAUUUCAGAGACGCGCCUAACGCAACGGACGCGCACAGUGAAUCUCUUAGAUUGUUGAACGACAUAUAUUUGUACGACGGCUUGAGAGCGGAUCGAACGACCAGUGCCUUCAGUUUGGAGCUCAGAGUUCCAUUCCUCGACCUCCAGUUUAACCACUAUUACCUGUCGCUGGACCCCAACAGCAGACAGCCGCAGGGUGGAAUUGAGAAGCAUCUGCUGAGAUCCGCGUUCGACGGAACUGGCUUACUGCCCGACAAUAUACUUUGGAGGCACAAAGAGGCGUUCAGCGACGGCGUCGCUUCCGUAAAGAAAUCUCUUUUCCAGAUAAUACAAGAGAUCGUGGAGGAUCGCGUGUCGAGUGAGGAUCUGGAGAACUCGUACGUCAAGUAUCCCCAUUGUACGCCAAGAACGAAGGAAGCGUACUACUACAGAAAUGUCUUCGAGUCGCAUUACGGUGGGCAAGCGGAAAGUUUUACGCCUUACUUCUGGAUGCCACGCUGGGUGAAGGGCGUCACCGAUCCGUCUGCGCGAUUCAUCAAGCAUUACGCCGCCAACGACGAAUGAAGUCGGCUUACAACGAUCUGAAAUAAAAAAUAUAAGAGUUAGAAAUGUUAUAUAGAUGUAUGUAUACCAUGAACAUUAUAAUUAUUAUCAAUGGCGCUGGACGGUGUGUUCGCAUUUUUUGUCUGUUGUCUUGAAGAGAGAGAUACUAGCUAGAGAUCCCUAUGAUGUGCAAGGCAUUGUUUAGAUUACAGACAUUCAACGACGAUGCGUCGCUUUUAUAAAAAAAUCUCUGAAACCAAUAAAUUACAAAUUUUGAUAUACGAUUUUCUAUGAUAGAAGAAUAUUGUACAUAUUCUGUGAUAACGUGAUAAUGUGAACAAAAAAUUCUCUUUUCUAAAUAAAUUACAAUUAUGAAUUUCGACAAUAUUUGUUGACAAGAUCUGUCUAUUACGCCACAUUUGGGCUUGUAUACCAUGGACAUUAAUAUGGAAAAUAAAAUAUAUCAUUGAGAUGUUGA